AUGGCGCUCAUGGGAGGCUGUACAUCCCCAUAUAAGGCUGAUCGCCACAUUGCAAGAUCACUACUAGAUAUUGCAGAAGCGAUUGUGUUCUCACAACCUAUGUUCUCGACCACGGCAACUAGGGCCGAAGCUACCGAUCAAAACCAUUUGGCCCAAAUCAGCACUUUGCAAGCAACCUAUUUGAUUUGUAUUAUGCAAAAGUGGGAAGGGAGCGAUGAAUCAAAGGUUCGCAUUCAGCGUGAUCAAUUCACAAAGUUCGUGUCAGCAACACGGGCAAUGGGAUUGUCGAGGGCUAGACAUAGCCAUCAACCGAUUACCUCGAAAUUUGACGAUUCCCAAUGGCGAGCAUGGAUUGAAAGAGAAGAAAUCAAUAGAAUGGUUCUCCAGGAGAUGCAAAUUGAUUUGACGUCUCCAGAGUCAUGGUUUCAGGCAUCUUCUCCUGCCGAAUUUCUAUCUGCUGUCCGGUCAAACCCAGGACUACCGGAGAAACAUCUAUCUCUUGUUGAUUCCGUUCGCAGGUUGUGCAAUGACAGUCCGUACCAAAACCCGAAUUUUUUAGACGGUGCUAGCAAACUAAAUUUGUUCACAAUCGCUACAGGUGAGCAUUUCCCGAUUUUAUUCGCAGGACGUUCAGUUGACCUUCAGAAUACAGCGAUCCAUGGCCUUAUAUUCCAUCAGAAAUCCUCGCUAUACACCCUUCCACUUUCUGAUAAUCCGUUGGGCAAGGCACUUGACCGAUUGGACGUCGCUUGCAAAUCAAAUCAGAAACUAUAUACGCGCGCCUCAAUCGAUACAACCCAUGAGCAAGAUGGAUUUAUGCAGUACGCUGAUGAGUUCGCUGUCUUGGCACGUAUCUCUCUCGAAUUAUCGUAUUUUUCACCAACGGAAUGGUCGGAAUUUAUCGAGGGGUUGUCUGAAAGCUCCUCUAGUGGUUCAUUUGCUACUUUUGAUCAAGCCGGCAUGGGCCCUGUUGGAAAUUUGAUGCUGGCCGUCGAAAACUUAAGCUUGAAUAGAUAA